AUGAAUAAUUCUGAUCAAGUUCAAAAAUUCUCUAUUGAAGAAACUACUCCAUUAUCACAAGGAUCAGUCGGAAUAAGUAAAAAUUCGGAAUUAUUAUCAUCGCCACCAGUCUCGAAUAUUCCUUUAUCAAAUCUGGUCUACGAAUCAGCAUCAGCAGUUGCUAUUGAAGCAGCAAACAGAAUUAAAGAACUUCAACAGAAUCUUGACCAACGUGCAUCUGAAUUACUCGCAGCUCGGAGGCAAGUGAUUGAAUUGACAAGCCGAUCAAAAGAAAGCUCAAAUUCACUGAGUUUAGCACAAAGUGAAUUAAAUCGAGCUAAUGAACAAAUUGAAAGGCUUACUCGUGAACUACGUGAAUCUGAGCAACGAAGAACUGAUCAAGAAGCAUUAGCUGCAAGUUUAGAACAAAGAUAUUUAAUGGCUCAGCGUGAAUUGAACUCAGCUCAAGAUAUGACUGAUAAAUUACGCGCUGAACUAGCUUUCAAAUCAACACAAUUCAAACAGCAAGAAGAAAAAGUUCGAACACUUCAAAUUAAAUUAGAUACUGUAGAAGAUGAUCUGUUACAGAUUGACAUUGAUGCUGAAGAUGGUGAUGAUGAUGGCGAUGGCAAUGAUGAUGAUGAUGAUGAUGAUGAGGAUGUUGUAGUUAGAAUUGAUGACAAUGAAGAAAAUGUUUGCUCUGAUGAAAGUAAUCCUGAAUUAUUGAAUAAACAAACAUCAGGAGAGGAAACAGAACAAGAGACUGAUUCAUUCACUACUAGUCAAGAGAAUAAACAUGUUCAAAAAUUUAAAUCUGUUAGAUCUGGAUUAAGAGGGAACUAUUUUACUCGAUAUAUCUCUCAACUAGAAUGGAAUUCCUAUGAAGAUCGUGUGAAAGAAUUAGUAAAUGAAAUUGCAGAAGUUAGACAAGAAUUGACACGUGCUAAAGAAAGAGAAAUUAUCAAUGAAGAACAUAUAACUCGUUUAUCAGGCACAGUUGAUAAAUUGUUACAAGAAUCCAAUGAACGUUUACAAAAUCAUUUACAAGAAAGAAUGUCAGCUAUAGAACAAAAACAAGAUCUUACUAAUCAAAUUGAACAAACAAAACGAGCAUUAGAUACAGCUAUAAAAGAACGUGAAGCAAAUAUAACCGAAUCAUUGUUAUUAAGACAGAAAUUGUCUGAAUUAGCUGCAGCUUAUCGUCAUUCACAAGUUCAACUUGCAGCUGCACAUACAUCAACUACUGCAGUACAAGCUGCUAUUAUAGCAUUAGCAAAAGCAUCUGCUGAGAAAGUUAAAUUGGAACAAUGUUCACAACAGCACAAUAUAGUUGCCUCUAUGCCUAAUCCAGCAUGUCCUUCAAGUGUCAUGGAACAAUAUGGAAUGGAUCAAAGUAAUCCAAUUGAUUUAAUUUCAAAAUUGAUCAAUAAUCCAUGGAUCUAUUCACAAGCUAAUAAUAAUUCAGUAGGUGUUUAG